UCUCGGGACAUACAGUGUAUAAGUUUUUUGUUUUAGUUCCAAGGUUAUAUAUGUAUUGUCGAGACACUUUGUUUCUAAAAUUGCGUGUUUUUACUCGUUGUGGGCUUUAAUACCCGCUAUCCAUUGAAAUAAGCUAGCUAGUAGUGAACGUGGAACGGGUAGCAGCCGAGGCUGUGGACAGCGCAGCACGGGCGGGACGGCUUGUUGUGUCUCAAUCUCAUUAUUAUUUCAAUAUACGGUUAUACCAAAAAAUAUUACUGUAUACAGAUUAAUUUAAACGAAUUAAAUUAGAAAUACGCCGGUUUAGAUUGUUUACUUUCACAAAAAGCAAACCAACAUUUUUGAAAACGUUUUAACUUUCUGUAUAAGUGAUCGGUUUCACAUGGAAUGUAGUUUGAUCACAAAAUGAAUGGGGGAUUCAAUGGCAGUAUGGAGGAAGUAAUAGACCUAUCACCCAUGACCCUUAAAGUCGAGGAGCUCAUCAUUGAAGACAAUGAGCUGGACAACUGCAGUGAGACUAGCAUCGGCAUGGAGGUACACAAUCAAGAGCACAUUAUUGAAGAUAUCACAAACGAAGAUACAUUGACUUGCGAUACAGAAAAUGAUAGCGACAAUAGUUAUAAAUUAUGUGAUGUAAAGAUACUAAGUACAGAAGAAGGAGAGGAUUCUCAAAGUGAGGGUACCAUGGGAAUUCAAUAUAUCAAUAGCACUGAUGCAAGUCCUGCAGCUCUAGAUACAAUCUCCAUCAGAUCUGCUGAUAUAGAAAUUGAUGAUAACAGUGAAAUCGAGGAAUUGAACAAGGAAACACAUAACAAUAACCAAUCUGAAAUAGUGUUAUUAGACGAUGAUGUUAUUACAGUGUCAACAGAAGAUAACUCUGAAGAUAUUAUAGCUUUGGAUGAUGAUGAUUCCUUUAAGGAAAAUGAUACAAAUAUAGAUAAUAAUGACGUACAAUUAAUAGAAGAAAAUGAAGAUGAUAAAAAUGGUGAGAAACCUGAGUACCUUAUUCUUGAAGGGGAAAAUGGGAAAUUGCAGAGUGCAGAGGUUAUCAUAGAAAACAACAUAAAAAUUCCAGUCCCAGAGGAAACAGUACCGUUACGUAGGAGCAGCAGAACUAUAAAAAGAAAGCAAUAUGGUGAUAAUUUCGUGACUGGUAAUGAUGCAUCCAAAAAGGUUAAGCAUACAGAAGAAGAUUUAACUCACAACUUUCUUCCAGUUGUUAGUGACCCCAAAUCAUUAGUACCCGAGGCCAACCAAAAGAAGGAAACAACCAAUAAUAGUAAUUCAUUGAAACAGAGCACACAACAGAUUCUGCCUUCACUUUCAGAUGAUAUGUUUGUUGUUGAAGCACCAUCAUUCAUUGUACCAUAUGUUUAUGAGAAACCUUCAUUUGAGCCUUUCAGAGAUUUUCUUGAAUGGUUCGGUAAAUUUGUGGAGGAAGAGAAAUCCAUGGAAGAAAAUAGUGGUGUAUAUACAGAGAGAGUUGAAGUAAACAAAGGUGGGAAGACUAAAGUAAAAAAAAAAGCUGAUAAAGCUAAGAAAGAGGCUGACAAAGAAGAAUUAAAAGUUAAAGAUGCAGUAAAAGAACAUAAAGAAGAGAAAAAGAAAAGCAAAGAGGGAAAGGAAGCUGAAAAAAAGAAGAGAGGAAAUGAUGAUGAUGCAUCUUGGGGUGGGGAAAUCCUCUUGGAGUCUGACGAUGAAGUGGGCAGCAAUAAUGAGGAAAAAACAGUGGUGAUCAAAGAAAAAGCAGAUUUAAGUGAUGAAUUGAAAGAUGUGGACAAGGUGGUUUGUGAAAAGGCUGAUAACUAUUUUGACUGUUCCCUCGGUAAGUUCUUUAUGAAUAUUGGUCUAAACCUGGUCCAAGAAUUUGUACAAAAUGAUUUGCUCAAGCAACAAAAGAGAAAGCUCUCCAGAGAGAAAAGAGCGGGUCAUAAAACAAGGGCCACAGAAACUUCAAUUGCAUCGCUAAUGAAAAACUUAGAGAUUAGCCAAGCAAAGAACAGUCCAUUUAGAUAUAAACAAAACAAGUGUGAAUUUUGUACUUUUAAAUCUGACUCAAUGUUAGUAAUGCUGCAUCACUUGGAGACCCCACAUAUGAAAAAUAGUAUGUAUAAAUGUAACUAUUGCACAUUUGAGAUACGAAGUCCCCAUGACAUACUGUAUCACAUGGAGGCGGAACACAAUGUGCACGGCAAGCUGGAAAGGGCUCCCGCACAUCACCAGUGUGCCAACUGUCCCUUUGAGGACAAUGGCAAGGGCAAACUGGCCCGACAUCUCAUGCCUUGCUCAAGGAAGUUUAAACCAGAAACCAAUUUGGCACCACCUAGUGAAUGGGAGCCACCAGCUAAAAUACCAAAGUUAACACGGUCACGCAACAACAUGAUGGGUAUAUACCAUACAUCGUUUAACCGUGGCGGAACGGGUGCGGCGGGGCGCGGGCGCAGCCCCGUGCUGCCCGCGCCCGACCUCCGCGGCGGCGCUAUGAUACGUCAGAGCACACCAGCACUGCUACCCACAAACUUUGCUGCGAAUAACAACGGUGGUAAAUGUAUGCAGCAGCCAUCAAUAUCUAUAACUCCGCUGCCGCGCCAGCCGCUACCAGAACAACCACAGCCCGCGCACCAGAACAAGGGCUCCUUCGUCGUCUGCGAGAUCUGCGAUGGCUACAUAAAAGACCUGGAGCAGCUCCGCAACCACAUGCAGUGGAUACACAAAGUCAAGAUACAUCCCAAGAUGAUAUACAAUAGGCCACCGUUGAACUGUCAAAAGUGUCAUUGUAGGUUCUUUACAGAUCAAGGUCUUGAGCGACAUCUUUUGGGGUCACACGGUCUUGUCACCAGCUCCAUGCAGGAGGCCGCCAACAAUGGGAAAGACGCCGGAAGAUGCCCAGUGUGUGGACGGGUGUACCAAUGGAAGUUGCUCAACCAUGUUGCUGGGGAUCACAACCUGGCAUUAAAGCCAGCACAUUUAUCCUACAAGUGUACUGUUUGCACAGCCACUUUUGGCAUGUACAAGCAAUUCGAGAGUCACGUGUACUCGGCACACAGUGUGGUCGCCAAGCGUAUCAUGGACAAAAGCAAAAUACCCCCCACCAAGCCCACCAAUGACACAUUGCUCAAGCCGCUCAAAAUCGAUGAUGACAUUUCUAUCAUACCACAGUCUACUAAACCCGCCACCGCUGCUAAACAAAAAUAAGGAUUAGCGGUGGUGCGUCCUCGCAGCCGGCGGGGCACGAGUAGGGUACAUUCCCAAAUUGUUUGUUCUCUCUAAUAGAACUAUAUUUUAAAUCAAAAAGUAUCAUAAAGUAAGACAUUACUAUUAAUCAUCCAAAUCUCAAACCAAUAUUAUAUAAUGCAAUGGAUUUAAAUUUAUACAAUUGUGUUCACAUUUACAACUUUUUUUUUAUUGACACUA